GAAGCCUGCUUGAGCUGUAUGGAUAGUGGUUAUUUGAAACUACUCUAGAGUGAAGAUUCGAAACAACUCUAGAGUUUUUAAGUGAUUUUUAUAUAACUUGUAUGGAGGAGGUGCCUACGAAUCUCCAAUUACUACUACUACAACUAGACUUUACUAUAUGUAUAACUACUACUUACUCUAGAGCAGACUCCCCUUUUUUCAUUAGCCCAGCAGCAGACAGCGGUCCACACCGAGUGGGUGAGAGAGCGAGUCUCUUUGCCCCAUCGACUUACACGCCACUGAUUCCGGCAUCCGAUGCAGCAGACGACUACCUAAAGAACUUUUACGCCACACAACAAGACACAACAGGAACUACAGGACCACCGCAAGAAACAAAUUUAUCCCUGCCACUAGUUGCCAAGAAUGAUGGACCAGAAGAGGAUCAUUCAACCGCCAGAAGUAAGGUUAAGGCUGUACCUAGUACAUCUUUGGACGUAUGAUCCUUGAAAAUGAAACGUAUGGAGGAGUAUCCUCAGCGAAUACUCCCCCAUACUUUUCAAGGAUGCACUUGAAAGAUGAAUUGCGGACAGCUCUAAUAAGGCAGAAAGUCGAGAAGAUUCCGCCGAGAGCCCCACACUGGAUCGCAAACGCUUAGACCGGUAUCGAGAAGAUCUCUACGCGGUGUACCCCACUGUAGCAACGAGUGUGUUUGUUGCCGAUGUAGAGCAAACUCAGGAGGGAGAAGACCAUUUCCGCUUACAGAUGAGUCCCUCUUCGCAACUACGAGUGGCUGCGCAGUUAGUACACAAUAGCGAAAAAGAAGGAGGGGAAUUUGAGGAAGGUACAACUACAGCUGGAAGAGCAGAUGGAGGUGUUACAAUUAAGGGUGAACCAAUUACAUCCUCCACCAUCAUUCCUCACUCUUUUUCCAGUAGGAGAGAGGUGAGGGAUGUUCUGAAGAAUGUAAAAAUUUUACAACGACCUUUAAUACAACAGGAUCGGGACAAGACCAUACAUUAGGAAAAACUCACUUUUCCACAACAGGUGGAGGUGCUGCCGGAGGCCGCCAACAUCAUACUAAUUCUUCAGUGGAUGCUUUAGUUUCCUCUACCACGACAGCUGAGAUCACUAAUAGUGCACGCCAAGAGAGCAGCAAAAGAACAACUUCGAGCUGUGGGACCUUUGCUUACGGCUAAAAUCGAUGAUCAAGGGGAAAUCUUGGCACUUUUCCCAAUAGAUUCAAACGAUCAACACAUUUUCUCGUGUGAUCUAUCACUAUCCUAGGGUCGUGGCAGAUUUGAUUUCAACACUAUCCUUGGUAGGUAUGAUUUCAACCUUCUUAUGUUCAAGUCCUAAUAACUACCACUAAGUUGGAUCCCCACGCGUAGAAACGGUCGACCACUCAAGCGUUAGCUGUAGCACGUCAGCACUGGUGAGUUCCCUUGUUGGCGCAACCGGAAGUGGGCAAAAAUCUGGGAAGCUCGAUUCCGCCAGUUAUGAUAUGCAUGAUAGGCUAUUACUGUCGUCAUAUCAAUUUCAUCUUUUUCUCCGAGCACUAUUUGUGGGUAUCAUGACGUCCCGACUUCUAACUCUUUUCUUUCUUCUAAUCCCCAGAAAAGGAGUACAAGCGCUUGCGACAAAAACAGCUCCUGCAUGUUUUACACAGCGGAGAUGCCAGGAGACAGAUCACUGUGGAUGACGUGAUAUCUACGUUAGAAGACCUGCACGAAUUGGAGAGGGACCUUCAUAAGUGUAACUUUCAAAGACAACUUCUGCGUCAUGCAGUGGGAGAAGCGGAACUCUACAUGGGAGGCGACAUUGCGGGGUCAUUUCACCUUGGAGCGGAAUUGUAUGGCGUCAAACGAAGAAAGCAGAUAAGAUAGAUAUUUGGAUUACUUGAUUCUAGAUAUUUGGAUUACUUGAUUCUUUUGGUUUUUUUGUUUUCUAGUUAGGUGUGCUCCACUGAUCUUAUUCUAGAUUGAUAUCAAGAUAAUUCGUGAGGACGGAACUGGGCUUUUCUAUCAUGGGAAGAGACUUGCAACGAGCUAUUGCUCUUUUCUUUGUUGACAACUACUAGUUCUUACUAGCGGAGGUAACCUUUCAUCUUUGUUGACAACCAGUGGUACGUUGCAGUAAUGAUAUAAUGUAGAAGUUCUGCUGUAGUUUAUUCGAUCCAACUACAGGGAUAGCAUCCAACUUUCUUCAUACUCUAGCAAAAGAUUUUCCGGGUUUAUUCGCUGGAAGUGGCGUCGGAGGCACAGAGGUUCACAGGGGUAAAACCACUGGUGCAGGAGCCAUCCGGGAAGCACAGGCAGAACUCGAAGAGAAAAUCGCCACCGUCUCAAUCAACGUCGGUCGGCUGCGGCGGAUGAUUUUAUGAAAAAGAAGGUGGUAGAAGUUCUUGAUCAUGACUACAUUCAGACUCUGUCUCUACGGGUGUUAGGAAGGACACUAUCUUCAGGGGCAUACACAUGACAUAGACUUCUUUGUUCAUUAAUGUAAAAGUUGUGUGAUUCGCAUAGUGGAGCGCGAAAUCGUGUAGAGCUACUUAGCUACGGUUCGGUCAAAGUCGGCUAGAUCGAUAUGUAGAAUUUCCCGCACUCAGGCUCUUUCAUAUUCCCUCGAGCUGACCACACCUUCCGAUGCUGUUGGCGCCAGAUCCGAGCGCGACCGAUAUAGGGCAGCGCUGAAUGGCCGGCUCUAUUUGAAGAAAGUCCUGAGCGCGGACUUCACUGGUUUGAACGUCACGUGCAGGUGUCUUUUGACUCGACGAAGCAAGUUUUGGAAGGAGAAGUGCCGCGUAGUAGCAAGAUUCGAUCAUCAUUGUCCAUGUUAAGGCAUCCACAUCCAUAGAUCCAUCUUCAUCCAUAGAUCCAUGGUCAGCAAGACAAAGGAAAACGGGGACUACCGACCAUGCUUCCGAGGAUGGAUUUGGGGCAGUUCUUUUAACGGUAGGUAGACAACGCAAUCGGACUGGGCAAUCAGCGGGAGUUCUAUCUGUUCCUGUUCUUUAGCUUCCUCUUAGACUUUUUGUGGUUUCUGCUUUUCGUGUGUCACUUCGCAAGACUGCUGUCUCUAGGAGUUUUAAACCUACAGACAUUCUUCGAGCCGAUGCCUGCUGCAGCUGGUGCUGACGCUAGUAGUACUUCUAGCACAGGACGAGGAACUACAUCAACAGCAUCUGCUUCUCUUUUUCCAGGCGAUGCGGCAACUACAUCUUCAACAUCCUCUUUCACAUUUGUAGUGACGGUUUUGGGCGAUCUGGGUUCGUCGCCUCUAGCAAAAUUGGUCACCUUGUGCACUGCUGGCUUCAACCUGUGCUUGCUGGCGUUUACAGGCGCUCUUUUGGGUCGACAGACGGGUCUCACUUUCGCAAAUCUUACUGCGUUUGAAUACUUGAGUCCUGAGCGCAACCCACAUGUAAUGCGUCGAUUUGGAUUGAGCGGUGAAAGUCUCGCUCGCAGAGGAGCACUCUUCCUGUUCAACGACCUCACACCGGUGAAGGCGUAUCGGAGUCUACGUGGAUAUUGGACGGCAUCUGAAAAGGACGACGACCUGUUUUUCGGCGCUAUUGAAACAGCCGAUUCAUUGCAAGCUGUUGCAUAAGAAGAGGCUUUCAGCAUUGUUAUAUUUUCAGCACUCGUAAAUACUUGACUGUACUACGAAAUUCAACUUGUUUCAUACCUUGUACCCUAUAGAGUUCAACUUGGAGUUGGAAACGAUGUCUAUUUUGAAGACUGUAAGCUGCCAAGUCUAAUUACCAUCCUAGUAGACACUGCUGCGCCAAAGGUUAACGUGAGGAUGCUCAAUAAACUCACAAGCAUGAUGAGUAAGAUUUUCCAUCACAACCUUGAGCUGCGUUCCAAGGCCCAUUAGUCGCCUGCCAUGGCAACAAAGAAAAAUGAUUGAUGGCAUAUGCGUUGAAUUCUGGAUUGUUUGAAGAUGUGGAAUGAAAUCAUCGUUCCGGUGAGGUGGUCGCUCUUGUCUGUUGAGCCUGACAAUUUUUUUUUUGCUCUUGAGAAAUACCACAUUCGCAUUAGCAAACC